AUGGACCGUUUCCCACAAGACUACGUCCUUCAUAACCUGCCUUUCCUGCUGCUUUCAGGGUUGGAUUCUAGAAGCCCCAGUGAGCCAGAUCCGGUGGUGAAGACCCACGACUUCUUGCACGAAGGUGGAUUUAGAAUCAAGGUGGAUGCGCCCAUCGUCAGCGGGCCUCUCGCCGAGCAGUUACUCGAGUCUUUCUGCAAACAAGAUGCCUCUGAUCUUCCGUGGCACUCUCAAUAUUCCACAUCGAGGAGUGGCAGGGUUUUCAGGAUAGUCAAGGUCGGACGGGUUUACACUCUUCCUCCUCGUAAAGCACCGCCCCCUCCCCAUUCUCCCCGUCUGUCGGCUGUCGGUGCAAAUGGAAGUCCACCGCCAGCCCUUGUGCUACAUUCUCCGCUGUCACCAUUGACUCCCAGCUCUCCGCUGUAUCCUGAUGGCAUCAUUUCUCCUUUGUGGAUCACCAAACACCAGUCACGCCUGCCUUGCGCCCUCUUGACGGUCUUUAGUCUGGUCUCCGAUCCCAACACCAGUUCACUUCAGGAUAAUAAGUUGAAGUCCGAGGUCAACAAUGUGCGGAGCGUGCUCACGUCGACGAAUUACAAGACCAGACUGGUGGUUAUUUUGCUAGGAGAUGGCAUGAUUAAUCCUGCUGAUCUGGAAGACCGCGUCAGUACCAUUCGGCGAGCAACUGGCUUAGACGGCAAAAGCAUCCAUUUCCUCGCUCAUAACUCGUCGCCCACGGAGAUCAAUGUAUUCGUCAACUCUGUUCUUUCGUCUCUGCAUCCCCUUUGUGUAGAAUAUUACCGAGACCUUUCGAAACAUGCACGACGCAAGCGUAAUCGAAGCACAGCCCCGCAACCUACUGUACAGCCGGGGAACUCGCACAUACUGUCUUCACAGGGUUGGAAUGUCCGUUAUGAAUUCAAGCUCGGCGUCUUCGCCGAGUUCCGGCAAGAGAUGGAUGCGGCUUGUCGGAACUAUGAGACUGCUUAUGAUAAUCUGUUUGCGCCUGAAAUUAUUGAUGCUAUUGCCGUUUGGAGCACACGCUUCAACGAAGCAAGGCUGCUGGCGGAUGUUAUUGCCUUUCGCACAAUCAGGUGUCUCUUGUGGACCGAUCAAGUGACGACAGCAGUGAGAUCAUGGGUGGCCCAUCGAGACCGAAUCAGAGAUCUGGUCGACCGAAGAGGUAAGGGAACAGAUAACUACGGCUGGGCAGCGUGGCAGACUGCCUGGGCAAAAGUCAUGGCGGACCUUGUAUCUCGAUCAGAAUAUCCCCUGUUACAUGUAGGACUUCCCAACGCACCUGACUUGCUCCCUCUCUUUGUCGAUGUGGACAAGUCGCUCUCUGUGGGCGAGAGAUUUGUCCCUUGGGAACUGCUUCAUCAUGAGGGAUAUUGGCUGGAUAUUGCAAAGAAAUGCAUUUAUGCCCGCCGGAGCUGGGCCUUGCAAAUCCCAGAGGAAGAUAGGCAGUCACCAGGUCGUUCACCAGCUUCUAUGGUUGCCAGUAAGGCUCAUCUUUACGACACCUAUCUUGCCCUGGAGCCUUACCGCGAAGUUCCCAUAGAUGGAACCCCAGGAUACGACUACCCGGGGGACAUCAUCUCAACGUUGGAUGCGGCCAUCCGUCAUUUCGCAAAGCGAGGUCAACUGCGCAAGAUUGAGGUUCUCGAGCUCCAGAAAGCUCUUGAACAAAUCGAGACGGAAUCGUGGGUGGAGGCAACCCUGACACUGCGACAGUUGUGGCAUAGCAAAAGAUGGAGACAGGGUGGAUGGUGGAAGUUGCUGCAAGGUCUGGGCUGGGCACUCCUUGAUUGUCUUGCUCAUGUCGAUGAUGGCGAGUUACUCGUUCAGCUGAUUUGGGAGCUCUCGAACGAAGUAUUUGACCGGAAGCCAAACACUAACUAUGAUCUCCGUCAAGCGGUCCCACCGUCUAGCACCGACAAAGAGCCGCUGUCUGUCGCCGUGGGCAUUGAUGAGGCUCUUUCUCCCCUGGUUGCCACCUUUGCUUUCUCAACACACGAUGUAUUUGUUGGAGAGCCGGUGGAGUGUCAACUCUGCAUCCUUUCUCGAGCACAGAUGGGUCUCCCGGCCAUCCGCCUAUCAGAGAUCAAGGUUGUCUUCGAAGGUGGUCUGAAACCCGUCCAUCUGGUUGCAAAGGGAGAAGAGGGUGGCAACACCGAGACCUCGACUGUCAAAUUCAUAGACGUGCAGGCGGACGAAUCAUUAGCCAUGUCCUUGUCGUCUAUAAGGAGAUCUUCCGCUGGCGCCGUUCCGUCACAGACGAGCAGUGCUGAUCUAACAAUUCCUUCGAACCACACCAAGAUAUUCCGGCUACGCGUCGUGCCUAGGGAGGCUGGGGAAAUCGUCGUCGCUUCCAUUACACUGAUAAUCGACCACGAGACUGUCUCAUUUGCUGCAACUUCGACCGACUUUUCACACUCGAUAGGUCGGUGGUGGGAAUCGAAAGCGGGCAAACCCACGCCUCGAUCGUUGGGACAAGAGUCAAAUGCAUUCAAUAAGAUCAACGUGCAACCCAAACCACCGAAACUAAAGAUUGAGGCUCCAGGACUGAGACGCUCAUACUACACUAACGAAUCAGUGACAAUAGAUUUCGACAUCUUGAACGAAGAAGCAGAAGAUGUAAUUGUGUCGCUCGACGCCCGCAUGAUCAGCCCGGUUGCGGGUGCGGCGCAGAUAAUGUGGAUUGGGACGGGAUCCGAGACUACUCCAGCGACUGCAUCGGAAGCGGGAGUGCAAACAUUGGAAAAACGAGAACUCGGAACGAUUCCAUCGUCAGGAAAGACUGUCGUGUCAGUCCGCAUAAUGGAUACAGCCACCGCGGUUGAUCACGAAGUAGAACUUCUUGCGACAUAUCGCCUACGUUCCGAACCCGAAACAAUUCUUACAAAGGUCCUGACUGUCGAUGUCGGGGUCAUUCGGCCCUUUGAAGCGAAUUACGACUUCAUCCCCAAGCUCGACCACGAGCCUUGGCCGAAUUUCUUCGAAGCCCCUCCACAGCACUCCGAUUCUUUGACACCUCUGGGUCUGAAGCACCUAUACUCCGUUGCAGCGAAUCUCUACUCGUUCGCCACGGAGCCUGUGGUCAUUGAGGCUAUAUUGCUCACAGCUACGAAAGUCGUAGGGGGUGCGGUUUGUUCAGCGAGCACUGGCAUUGUAAGGAAAUCUGCAAACACAGAUGUUGCGACCAAAGACCCCAAUGCAACCAUUUCGACAGUGAUAGAGCCAGACCACACAGAGACAUUCGAUUUUGAUCUCUCGCUGCAGAAACUGAUACUGGGCGAUCGGCAUACGGUGGCGGCGGAGCUCGCACUACAAAUUGGUUGGCGCCGACAAGAUUCGGACGAAGUCAGCACAACGCUUCUAGAAGUACCUCGCCUCGUUGCGCCGAUGGCCGAGCCAAGAGUCAUGCUCACCGUUUCCCCAACUGGUGUCGGACCGCCGGACAUGGAAGCGCACAAGCUGUCUUUCACGAUCGAGAACCCGAGCAUGCAUUAUCUCACGUUCAACGUGUCCAUGGAGGCGAGCGAGGACUUCGCGUUCAGUGGGCCGAAAGCGUGCGCGAUCAGCCUAGUUCCUAUCAGCAGGCAGUCGUUGAAAUAUCGGAUACUGCCGAAUAAGAAGAACGAAUGGAUCGCAGUGCAUAUGAAUGUGGUUGAUGCAUAUUUCGGACAGACGUUGAGGAUUCUACCAGGUGGUAGUGGAGUCAAGGUGGACAAGAAGGGCAACGUGCUGGUCAAGGUCUGA